GCACCCCAGGCCUGACCCUGCAGCUCUGGGAGAGGAGCCUGAGCCCCAGGAGUCCCAGGUGUCCCCAGUCGGUCAUCAGGACUCAACACACACGGCUCACCAUGGAGUCUGGGCUGAGCUGGGUUCUCCUUGCUGCUCUUCUAGGAGGUGUGCAGUGUGAGGUGCAGCUGGUGGAGUCUGGAGGAGGCUUGGUGCAGCCUGGGGGGUCGCUGAGACUCACCUGUGUGGCCUCUGGAUUCACCUUCAGUAGCUAUGCCAUGCACUGGAUCCGCCAGGCUCCAGGAAAGGGGCUUCAGUGGGUUGCAGGUAUUAGUGGUAAUGCAAACAGCAAAUACUACACUGACUCCGUGAAGGGCCGGUCCACCAUCUCCAGAGACAACGCCAAGAACACAGUGGAUCUGCAAAUGGACCGCCUGACAGACGAGGAUUCAGCCCUAUAUUUCUGUGCGAAAGACACAGUGAGGCAAAGUGUGCAGGCCAAGGACGACAUCGCACUGUGGGGAGGGCAUGGCAAAGUCCUCAUGGGUGCUGAGAUUCACCUGUGCCACCUGCUCUCUCAGUACUGGAAUAUUCUGAGGUGGACCUGCCCCCCACAGGAAGGGGGCUGGAACCGGUCGGCCCUAGUCAGCAUCUCUAGGGACACAGCCAAGCACCAAGUGAUCCUACAGCUGCUCAGUGUGAUGGCCGAGGACCCAGGCCUGUACUGCAGUGCCCAGAGCUCUGGCUCUACCCCCUGCAUGGAGGUCCAGCCCCAGGGCUGCUUUAGAGUCAGAGCUCAUGCAAAUGGGGCCCUCCCUGUGCUGAUGAAAAGCAGCUCAGCCCUGACCCUGCAGCUCUGGGAGAGGAGCCCCAGCCCAGGGAGUCCCAGGUGUCCCCAGUCGGUCAUCAGGACUCAACACACACAGCUUACCAUGGAGUCUGGGCUGAGCUGGGUUCUCCUUGCUGCUCUCCCAGAAGGUGUGCGGUGUGAGGUGCAGCUGGUGGAGUCUGGUGGAGGCUUGGUGCAGCCUGGGGGGUCGCUGAGACUCACCUGUGUGGCCUCUGGAUUCACAUUUGAUGACUAUGCAAUGAGCUGGAUCCGCCAGGCUGAAGGGAAGGGACUGGAGUGGGUCUCAAGUAUUAGCUGGAAUGGAAACAACAAAUACUACACUGACUCCGUGAAGGGCCGGUUCACCAUCUCUAGAGACAACGGCAAAAACACGGUGGAUCUGCAAAUGGACCCCCUGACAGACGAGGACUCAGCCCUGUAUUUCUGUGCGAAAGACACAGUGAGGCAAAGUCCUUGAGAGCCCAGACACCAA